AGAGGGAGAGGGAGAGAGAGAUAGAGAGGCAGUAGCUCCCCCCCAUGCACACAUGUACGGCAGCUUUAGGGAAGAGAGGCAGAAAUAGGACACAGGACUCUCCCUGACGUAUAACAAUCUUUUCUCCCACACACUUUUCCAGCCAGUGCUUAGGCUCCCACCCCCCACCAGCUCUCCUGUCAGUGGGGUAGCGUGAGGCGCUCUGACCGAUGCCUACUGGGAGCCAGCAGUGAGAAACAAAAGAAGCAGGAGGAACGGCAGGCUGGCUGUGCAUUGCUUUCUCCCUGAGCUCUGGCUCAGACUAUGACUGAAAAAGAGAGAGAAAGCUGAUUGUUCUGAAGAAAAGGGGGGCUCCAUGUCUGAUAGCACAGGCAGAUAUUGCUGCAUCUGCGAGCCUCGUUGGAAGAUUCCAGUGGAAGUCCUGAAGAAGGACACAGUUGGACUUGAGACAACCGUCCACAUGCCUGUUCACGAGCUGUCAAGGUUUGCUGAUGUGGAUGCAUCACUUGUCAAGUUCCAAUCCUGGGUGUCUGAUCCACUGAUUCAGCCCCAGUAAGACAGAGAAGGGGCAUGGCGGUCUGUCCAGUCCUGAGCUUGCUGGGCCUUCUUCUGCUACUGAUCACAGCACCCACAUCCCAAGGCCAAGCCUGUCCACAGCGCUGUGACUGUGUGCCCCAGAGUAAGGCUGUGAAUUGCCAGAACAAACGUCUAAGUUCUGUUCCAAAUGGAAUUCCACUUGAUACAAGGCUACUAGACCUCAGUGGUAACACUUUGCGUUGGGUGGAACAUGGCGAUCUGGCAGCCUAUGUAAAUUUGGAAGAAUUAGAUCUUAGUGAGAAUCUCAUCAGUGUGCUAGAGCCUAAUGCGUUUUCCAGCUUAUUGAAUCUACGUGUGUUACGCCUGCGCGCCAACCAGUUGAAGCUGGUGCCAAUGGGUGCCUUCUCGCAUCUUGCCAAUCUCACUACUUUGGACUUGAGUGGGAAUAAACUGGUUAUCUUGUUAGACUUCACUUUCCAGGAUCUGCGUAGCCUACGAAACUUGGAGGUGGGAGAUAACGACUUGGUGUAUAUCUCGAACAAGGCAUUCCUGGGCUUGGUUGGCCUACGUGAGCUCACAAUCGAGAGGUGCAACUUGACAUCUAUCUCAGGCCAGUCUCUUUCCUACCUCCGUGGUUUAGUCAUGCUGCGACUACGCUACCUCAGCAUUGUUUCAUUAGAGGAGCAGAACUUCCGUAAGCUGGGUGGAUUGCGGGGUCUAGAGAUUGAUCACUGGCCAUUCCUACAGUACAUUUCCCCACACAGUUUUCAGGGACUCAAUUUGUCCUGGCUCUCAAUAACCAACACCAACAUUACCACGGUUCCCACCGGUGCCCUUCGGAGCCUGAUCCAUUUAGCCAGCCUGAACCUUUCCUACAACCCCAUCUCUGUGUUGGAAUCUUGGGCUUUGCGGGACCUGGUCCGUUUGAAGGAGCUGCACCUUGUUGGCACCAACUUGGUAUCAGUGCAAACUUAUGGUUUUGGGGGCCUGCAACAGCUCCGUUUACUCAAUGUGUCCAACAACAGGCUGGUGACACUAGAGGAGGGCUCUUUCCACUCAGUAAACACAUUGGAAACUCUACGCGUUGAUGGUAACCCACUUUCUUGCGACUGCCGUCUGCUUUGGAUCCUGCAGCGACGCAAGACCCUCAACUUUGAUGGCAAGUCACCAGUUUGUGCUGCGCCUGUCGAGGUGCAGGACAAGGCUCUCAACUCCUUCUCCGACUCUGCACUUUUCGACCACUUCACCUGCCAACGACCAAAGAUCCGCAACAGAAAACUGCAACAGCUGACCGCACGUGAGGGUCAGGUGGUGUCAUUUUUCUGUCAUGCAGAAGGAGAGCCGACUCCGGUCAUAUUUUGGAUUUCACCUCAACGCCGUCGUAUCACCACUAAGAGCACCGGCCGUAUCAUUGUGCUACCAGAAGGCACGCUAGAAAUCCGCUAUGCCCAGAUAACAGACAGUGGGACCUACAUCUGCAUUGCCAGCAAUGCUGGUGGCAAUGACACUUAUUUUGCUACACUAACAGUUAGUGGGCUGCCACUAGAUGCAGCUGUUGCAGCAAAUCGCACCUACUAUGUGGGUGACCUCAAUGACACUAACCUGAAUGACACGCGUGUCUUCCUGAAGUUCACAUUAGACCUUAAGACCAUUCUGGUCUCCACAGCCAUGGGCUGUAUCACAUUUUUGGGUGUAGUUCUAUUCUGCUUCUUGCUUUUAUUUGUGUGGAGUCGUGGGCGUGGGCAACACAAAAACAACUUCUCAGUAGAGUACUCCUUCCGAAAGGUGGAUGGCCCCACAACCAGCGGGGGCCAAGGAGGGGCCAGAAAAUUUAAUAUGAAGAUGAUAUAAGGGGCAUAAAUAGAGGACCUGUGUACCUUAAAUGUGAUGACAGGGUAAAUAAGUACUGCACAAAAGAUCCUGGUGUAUGUAUGUCCCCUUCCUUUUAAUGGACAGAUUUUUACAUCAUCAUCAUCGUGUGUCACAAUAUCAUAUUUCUUUUCAAGAAAUAAAGAAAUAAGCCAUGAAUAAAUGAUCAGUACUGCAACGGUUUAAUGUUACUUUGCUUCAGCAACUUGCACACUGGAAUUACAGUGUGACACAAAAACAUAAUUAAGCUUAAUUAGUAAUUGUAUAACAACCUAGGGUGUUAUUAUGUAAUAAUUGCAAGUAUUAUACAAAGGGAGUAAAAUGUCUGUUCUGUAGUCUGGAGAUCAUUCGCGCUCCCAGGCACCAACUGCGAAGGGGCAUUGUGCCCCCCAAAACUAAAGUUGGACAGGAAAUGCCCCCCCAGGUCCUAACACAAAGCUUGAGGCAUGGAUGUGAAACAGCAAAGAACAGUGUGAAAAGUGAUUAUGAAAUUGCAUUUAACAUUUGGGGGAAAAACAGUACUGAUUUUAAGCAUAAAGGGCUGCUACAGCAACCAGAAAAACUGCUGUUUUCCACAUACAGUGGUUCCUUCCUUUGUUCAGCCAUAGUUCAGCCAUGUUUUUUGGCAUUUUACAUUUAAAUGAAUUAUCAGAGCAUAUUUGUCAAAGACACAUGCCUAAUUAUUCCGGCCUUCCCUGUACCCCUUUAUGAUCUGCUCAUAUUACAGUAGUACAAAACGGUCACACUAUUAAUUUUGUUGCCUUUUUUCUGGUUAUUUAUAAGCACUCUGUUAGUAAAUUACAUAAAGUAAUCAAAGUUGACUGAAAUUUACUUUGAAUCACUCUGUCUGCUGGUUUAGUUUUGAUUCCUGCUGCGAUACGGAAUUUUGUGGGGUGGUGUUGAUGAGGUUAUAUGACAUGCCCUCUACAAUUGCUAUUAUAAACACUUAUUCCAAUAGUCAUCGUUUGUCCUGAAGGCUGUAUUUGCCAACUUUUAUGUCAAGAUGACAUUACAUGUAUAUCAGCUGACAUUUUUUUCAGCCAUUGGGUUGUGUCACAGGUGAAAUGACAUGGAUCAGUGUAUGUCUCUAUGACAUAAUGCUAUAAAAAUGACAGGUUGCCACAUCAGGUUAGCCAAGCAUUUUCUCAUGGCUUUUUUUUUUGUGGAAAAGGUCAUUUUCAUUUUACUGUUUAUUACAUGUGAGCUAUUUCACACAAUCAGUAUUACAUCACUCCAGUAAACACUAAGCCACAGUCAGUUGUUUUAAAGUGCUAUGUAAUUUCACCCAUUGUGUAAUGACACAACUUAACGUAAUAAAAAUGGAUCCUACCUGACAUAGGUGCUAUAUCAACUUUGACAUAAAAUUUGGCAAAUGCAACCUUUAUGACACAUGGUGCCUAUUGGAAUAAGCCUUUAUAAAUAUUAAUAUAUAUCUGUACAAUUUGUCUUGAAGAGUUGUAUGAAUACUGCCCUCAGGGCCAGCUCUAGCCUUUUGGGGGCCAUACAUGAUUUUUGGGGGGCCCCAUCCUGCUUGCUGAUGUACUGGCAAAUUAGAGCCUAAAUAAUAACAAUGACCACCCCAAGCUGUUCACAUGACAUGCAUUUCCACAUUAUGAUUAAUAGUGUUACUAAUUGAUUGGACACUUCUUUAUUAUAAUAUUGGCAACAGUGGCUACCACUAUAAAUGUUUUACUUUCUACAUGUUUAGCUAGUAUGACUUCAUUUUCCUGCAUUCACAACUCCUCCUCAUGCUGCCUGUUCAUAAUAAAUGUGGCACUUUCAUGUGCACACACAAGAGAAUUAAUUACAGCCUCAGUAUCACUUGAGCAUCUAUCAUUGUCAGAACAAAACCUUGUAUCUCCAAAAUGGUAACUUUACAGGAGAAGGAAAAAACCUACUGUAUUUUUACAAUGGAAAAGUCAAUGGAACCAGACUUUUUUCAAAGUAAUUUUG